AUGGACUUCUCGUGUGCUCUGCAUGGCGCUUGGCAGUCGUGGGAACUAAUACUUCCUGGAGCACCACCGCCUCCGUCAUCGGCGCCGCGAUCAUUCGAUGUCGGUACACCUGUGAUCUAUGAAUUGGAGCUGCUAACAACUCACGCUCUCGGUAUUCGGCCACUGAACUGCUGGUUGAACAAGGGCGCGUAUUUUCAAAGACCUCGCCUUGACUUCAUCGAGGAGGGGUGUCCAGUACGCGAUUCAGUGGAGAUUGGUGCGACGCAGUGGCGGAAUGGAGUCAGUCGCUAUCAGCGAUUGUCGUACCUUGCAGUUGCAUUCGACACCGAGCCAGACGACACGUACUAUAUGCACUGCACAUACCGUAUCUGCGCACCGGAUAACAACGAGCCAUGCGAGAGAACAUGCUCAAGCACAAGCCGAAAGAAGCGUCAGGUCAUUGCUGACACAGAGGAAAAUCUACUGACGAUUUCCUCGGAACCGUUCAAGUUCACCCAAGAAGGCUCGACUGGUUCAACACUACACAUUUCCGUUACCGGCAUCUUCCUGGCCUGCGUCAUUGGCAUCUUCGCACCAAAGCAGCUUUCUUGAGUUCACCACCAUGAUGUGCUAAAGGCAUCGCCUGCUGGCGAUGGCUUCGGUAUAGUUCGUCCAUUCCUGCUGUCCCAAAUCAAACUUCGUGUUCAUUAGCCUGUCGUCACGUGGUCUCAGGUCGGCUAUGUUGACUGGGCUUCACUAGUACCUUACCUUUGUCUCUCGGACCUGCGUGCAUUGCAACUCAAACUCAAUACAAUGUAGUAUUAGGAAAGAGACCUUUCUUUCCUUUAUCUAGUCCUCUUGGAAAGCUCCACUGUGUUGGUAACAACAGGCCUUAGCUGAUCUAACACGAAUUUAGAGUCACGCAGAGUUGCGACAAAGCUGACAAUCUCUCUUGUGUUGUAGCACAAACUUGGGAAUUCUCUCUCUUCUUGUUCUCUCUCACUCUCUCUCUCUCUCUCUCUCUCUCUCUCUCUCUCUCUCUCUCUCUCUUUCUCUCUCUCUU